UUUGUAGAAAAUAUUGCACAUGAAGUGAAAUAUAAUGAGAGACAUAUUGAAGAUAUCUGUAUAUGCUGUGGAGGAUUUGAGAUUCACACUCAACAUCCUUUGUUUCACGGAGGAAUGUGUGCUCCUUGUUCGGAAAGACUUUUGGAAAGAUUCUUCCUGUGUGAUGAUGAUGGGUACCAAGCUGAUUGUACCAUCUGCUGCUGGGGCAAAUCUCUAAUAAUGUGUGAUCAUUCAGCAUGUCACAAAUGCUUUUGUGAAGAAUGUGUGGACACCCUCGUUUAUCCUGGGCAUGCAGAAGAAAUAAAAGAAACAACUACCUGGAUAUGCUUCAUGUGUGCACCUCAACGUGUAAAUGGAUUGCUAAAGAGGAGAAUAAAAUGGCGUGAAGUUCUGAAACAUUUCUAUGAUCAAGAAUCUAACAGCCCUAAUAUGUGGAUAUAUCAGCUAUUGUCUCCAUGGGAGAGAAAGUCGAUCCAUGUGCUUUCACUUUUUGACAAUAUUACAGAGGAAUUGAAAAGCUUGGGAUUUCUAGGGGAAAGGAGAGGCAAUGGACACCUAAAGUACAUGGAUGAUGUCACAGAUGUGAUAAGAACAAAUAUAGAAGAAUGGGGUCCAUUUGAUUUUAUUUUUGGCUCAACUCCUCCUGUAGCAAAAUUUUACAAGCAUCCAUCUGCCUGGUAUUUUUACCAAUAUUUUCGUAUACUUCAGUAUGGAAGUCCUAAAGAAAAAAAUAAAAAGCCAUUUUUUUGGCUAUUUGUAGACAACAUUGUCUUGGAUGAAGAAGAGAGGGAUGCAGCUUCUCGCUUUUUUCAGAUGGAAGCAGUUCUCAUAUAUAAACAAGAUGACAGCAAUGUACAGAACGCAGUGCAUAUCUGGAGCAACAUUCCAUCUGUUAAGAGCAAAUACUCUGCUUCAGCGUUGAACAUGGAUUUAUCUCUCUUGGCAGAGAACAUUUGCAGAUCUAGAAUUUUCUCUCAACGUCCAGCUACACUGAUUAGAGAGUUUUUUGUUCCUUUGAAAGACUAUUUUAGGGCCUUUUCAUAA